AUGGGAAAUCCACUGAAAUUAGAGGUUACCAAAGGAAGGUUCUGGAAAAGAGUUAUGGAUUUGGGAGAGGCUAAGAGUCAAAUCUUGUUUGCAGUGCCUAUGGUGUUAUCCAAUGUUUUCUACUUCUUAAUUACUAUGAUUUCUGUCAUGUUUUCUGGUCACCUCGGUGAGGUCGAGCUUGCUGCUUCAACUCUUGCCGAUUCAUGGGCCACUGUCACUGGUUUUGCUUUCAUGUUCUGCAAAUUACCACUGAUAACAAGAGUAUCAAAUGAAUUGGGAGGUGGAAAUCCGAACAAGGCAAAACAUGCCAUGGCAGUGACUCUGAAGCUCUCGAUCCUUCUUGUGCUUGCAGUUGUUCUCACGUUAGCCUUUGGACACGAUAUCUGGGCUGCUUUCUUCUCUGACAGCCAUUCAAUAAUCAAGAAAUUUGCAAAGAUGACGCCAUUGCCGCUCGUCUCAAUAGCCAUUCAAGGGGUCUUUUCAGGGAUUAUGGAUGGGGUUAAUAUGUGGUCUAUCCUGUCAAACUUGCAUUCUUAUGUUGGUUACAUUUUGUAG